UCCCUGCAGCCUCCUCUCAGUCCCUGCAGCCUCCUCUCAGUCCCUGCAGCCUGCCCUCAGUCCCUGCAGCCAGCCCUCAUUCCCUGCAGCCAGCCCUCAGUCCCUGCAGCCAGCUCUCAGUCCCUGCAGCCAGGCCUCAGUCCCUACAGCCAGCCCUCAGUCCCUGCAGCCUGCCCUCAGUCCCUACAGCCAGCCCUCAGUCCCUGCAGCCUCCUCUCAGUCCGUGCAGCCAGCCCUCAGUCCCUGCAGCCAGCCCUCAGUCCCUGCAGCCAGCCCUCAGUCCCUGCAGCCAGCCCUCAGUCCCUGCAGCCAGCCCUCAGUCCCUGCAGCCAGCCCUCAGUCCCUGCAGCCAGCUCUCAGUCCCUGCAGCCAGCCCUCACUCCCUGCAGCGAGCCCUCAGUCCCUGCAGCCAGCUCUCAGUCCCUGCAGCCUGCCCUCAGUCCCUGCAGCCAGCUCUCAGUCCCUGCAGCCAGCCCUCAGUCCCUACAGCCUGCUCCCAAAUCCAAUUGUGGGGCCAAACAGUCCUUUUUGAAGGCUGCAAAACUGCGACCAGUGCUGAAUGUUCCAUUUGCUGAUAUCCACCAUGUCCAAGAAUGUAGAACUGCAGAGUCUCCCCAUUCGAGGCCAUUCAGGGUGUGA